UCUGAGUCUAUCUGGAAUUGUGCGAGAACUGGAAGAUACUGAGACGCCAAAUCUAAUGUAAACAAGGAUUCGGAGGUGAAUUUGAUAGAUCACGAGUAAAUGAAGUUAUUUCCUUUUUGAGAUUUCACUUUUCGUUUUCUUGACGUUCAUUUCUGCCAUUAGUCUGCGUCCCCAGUGGCCAGAGCAAUAAUUACGCGGAACACGGUUCAUUGCUCAUUCAGAGUGAAGGACCAUAUCCUUACAUUUAGGCAUGCUAGGCUUUAGAGGUAUCCGAACUUGUCGCUGGAGCAGGUUGGCAAGUAUCAAACACUUUCCAAGGUUAUCAGGAUGUCGGAAUAUUCAGACACGAUGUCGAUGGGUACCAGUGUCAUCGACUUCUAUAUGGCCAGCACUCUGUGCAUCACCUCUCCAAAGAAUCCGUUCAUUAUCUUCUGCAGCAACUGCGCCUGCUCGACCAUCACCCCCGAAAUACAGCUAUGAUCUAGACGACUUACCUAUAACGAGUUUGGAUGAUAAACGGGUUGCGAUUGGGUGGGAUACAAGAACUUGGUCUAGGUUUCACCACAUAUGGCUACGAGAUCAUUGUCGCUGUCCAACCUGCUUACAUCCCAAGACCAUGCAACGGUUACUCAAUACAUUCGAAAUUCCUCCGGAUAUCAGGCCUAUCAUGGUAGAGAGUAGUCUUAAAGGUCUGAGGGUCGUUUGGCCAGCACAUGAGCACUCAGAGCACGGUGAACACGAGUCCGUGUAUUCUUGGGAGUGGUUGAAGGAGAAUUCAUAUGAUCCAACGAUUGAGCCAGAAGAUAAGGGGACGAAGAAAAUCCUAUGGAAUGCCCGAAUCUCACAGUCUCCUCCCACCAUUUCCUACAACGAUGUGUUGAAACUAGGCGAGGAAGGGGAACAAGCAUUAUACAAAUGGUUAACGAAUAUAGAUACAUUCGGGUUUUCCUUUAUAACUGACGUUCCCCCAAACGCUGCGUCUACCGAAUCUCUCGUCCGCAAGAUAUCCUUCAUCCGAGAGACGCACUAUGGCGGAUUUUGGGAAUUCACCUCGAAUUUGGCCAAGGGCGAUACGGCGUAUACGAAUAUCGCGUUGGGCGCGCAUACGGACAACACAUACUUUACAGACCCCUGCGGUCUUCAACUAUUCCACCUCCUUGAACAUUCAGCGUCAGAAUCGUCGUCGUCUACCACUUAUACUUCUACCACAUAUCCCAAUACAAAAUUCCCCAACUUAUAUGCGUCUUCAGCAUCUCCCACAUCCAAUGACACACAAAUUACCAGUAGUACAAAUAGCCCAAACGCUUCAUCUUCAUCUUCUGCUUUCACACCCUCUUCGUUAUCUUCCCCUGCUACUCAAGGCGCUGACGCUACCGUUUCGUCUUCUUCUUACCCUGCUUCGAGCGCUCCAAACUCAUCGCUCGGCGGUCAAACACUCCUCAUUGACGGAUUUUACGUGGCCUCCAUCCUGCGUUCUCUUUACCCCUCCGCUUAUCGUCUCUUAUCAGAGAUACGGAUACCCGCUCACGCAGCCGGCGAACGCGAUUCUGCAGGUAUCUUCUCUACAGGAGAAGGCUACACCGUCUUAUCCCAUAAUGCAUCUGGGGAGCUAAUACAAGUGAGGUGGAAUAACGACGACCGAUCAGUGUUAUCCUCCAUCUCCCCUUCCCUUGUCGAAGAAUUUUACACCGCCUUGCGGACUUUCCACUCCCUCUUGACCACGCCUGAUUCAGAAUUUCUCAUACAAUUAACUCCUGGCACUGCGGUGAUCGUGGAUAAUCAUAGAGUGUUGCAUGGUAGGACCGCAUUUGUGGGGAACAGGAGGAUGUGUGGGGCGUAUAUCGGAAAGGACGAGUGGAAGGCUAAGUUAAGAGGUCUGAGAGAGAAAUAUGAGGUUCGAAUUAAUGGGCAUUGAUAUAAAAGCUUAUAAGAGUGGUUUUGUCGCGACCCUACGAUAAAACAACCAUAAUGUUCUGCCUUUCACAUCAACAAAAAUAUUAGCAGCACGAAGGUUACCGUGAACAAAUCCUUCUCCAAAGCAAGGUCUCAUUUUUGCAACGACCACAGCUUGAACCUUCCCUUGUUCCUCACUCCCUUUAUACUAUCUGUUUCCACAUAACCUUUUGGAAUC